AUGAUGCCUUUUAUUCCUUUGAUCCUGGUGUGCAUUUUGUUUCCUGCCAUUCAGGCCACACAACUCACAAAAUGUGAGGUGUACCAGGCCAUGAGAGACAUGGAUGGACAUGAAGGCAUCUCUUCGCUUGAAUGGACCUGCAUUAUAUUCCACAGCAGUGGUUGUGACACACAAGCUACAGUAAAGAACAAUGGCAGCACAGAGUACGGGCUCUUCCAGAUCAGUAACAAACACUGGUGUGAGAGUAGUGAGAUCCCCGAGUCAGAGAACAUCUGUGGCAUUUCCUGCGACAAGUUCCUGGAUGAUGACCUUACCGAUGACAAAAUGUGUGCCAAGAAGAUCCUGGCUAUCAAAGGGAUCGACUACUGGUUGACACACAAACCUCUGUGCUCUGAGAAGCUAGAACAGUGGCGCUGCAAGAAACUGUGA